AUGUCGAACGACAGUAUUCACUGGGAAGCAAGAAUCCUUCCUGCAGGACCACCACGUUUGCUGGGGUGGAAUGUACCAGCUGAAGAACUAGUUCACAUACCAGAGCACUGGCUGGUCUAUCCUGAGCCAAACCCCUCCCUUCAUUAUUUACUAGCAUUAUUAUAUAUUUUAUUUACUUUUAUCGCACUUUUGGGUAAUGGACUUGUCUUAUGGAUAUUUUGUGCAGCUAAACCACUGAGGACGCCUUCAAAUAUGUUUGUAGUAAAUUUGGCUCUCUGUGAUUUUAUGAUGAUGUUAAAGACGCCGAUAUUUAUCUACAAUUCCUUUCAAACUGGAUUCGCACUCGGGCAUCUUGCUUGCCAAAUAUUUGCAUUCAUCGGAGCUCUUAGUGGAAUUGGUGCUUCUAUGACUAAUGCGGCAAUAGCAUACGACAGAUAUCGAACCAUUGCAAGACCAUUGGAUGGAAAAUUAUCGAGAGGCCAAGCGAUGCUAUUUAUCGUACUGAUUUGGAUGUAUGUAAUACCUUGGGGUUUGAUGCCGCUGAUGGGAGUGUGGGGAAGAUUUGUGCCGGAAGGUUUCUUAACCAGUUGUACAUUUGACUACUUAACAGACACCAGUGAAACUCGUUACUUUGUUGCAACUAUAUUUACAUUUUCUUAUGCGAUACCAAUGUCUUUGAUAAUUUAUCACUACUGUCAAAUAGUGAGCCAUGUGGUGAACCACGAAAAGACAUUGCGUGAGCAAGCCAAAAAGAUGAAUGUAGAAAGUCUUCGUAGCAAUGCUAAUGCAAAUGCUGAAUCUGCUGAAAUUCGUAUCGCCAAAGCUGCGAUAACCAUUUGCUUCCUGUUCGUUGCGUCAUGGACACCUUAUGGAGUAAUGUCAUUAAUUGGAGCGUUUGGAAAUAAAUCGCUACUGACACCAGGUGUAACGAUGAUUCCAGCAUGUGCAUGCAAGUUUGUCGCCUGUUUAGAUCCUUAUGUAUACGCAAUAAGUCAUCCAAGAUACAGAAUGGAACUGCAAAAACGCUUACCGUGGCUGGAAAUAAGAGAAUCAACACCAGAUACAACUAGCACCAACACAGAGGCCGUAAAUGCACCGGCUGCAAGUUGA